AUGGAUGUGGAUAAUUCAAAAAAUUCAGAACUAGUUGAGAGAUGUGAAGUUGCAAAUGUUAAAAAUGAUGUAAGUAAUUCAAAUAAUAAAGAAGACUUAUCUUUUGUAAAAGUUAAUAAUAAUGAAGAAGAAAAACAUGAAAACAAAAAAAAAUUAUUAAAUGAAAGUGAAAAUAGUAAUGGAAUAAGUGGCAAUUCAAGUGAAAAAAAAAAGAAUAUGAUAGAUGUACAAGAUAUCGAAGUACAGAAAAAUAAUGCAAAGGAAAAAAAAAUGCAUGCUGGAGAAGAAAAAAUAUAUAUGCAAGAAACAAAAAACACUGUUAAAGAAGGAAAGAAAAAAGUUGAGGAAAAAAGAGAAUGUAUUGAGAAAAAAAAAAAAAUUAACUCUCAAAAAAAAAUAAUUGGAUGUGAAAAAUGGGAAUUUGAGUAUGGAAACAAAGAAAAUUUUAAAAUAGAAAAUAAAAUAAAAGAUGAUAAUGAUAUAUCAAAAUUUAUAGAUUAUAGAAAAAUAAUAUGUGAUGAAAAUUUUUUAAAAAAAAAAAGAGAUAUAUAUAAAUUUCAGAGAGGAAUAUCUAAGGAAAAACAAUUCAAUGAAAUAAAAAAAAAAAGGGAAAAAGAGAAUCAUAAAAAGAUUUACAUGAUAAUGGAAAAUGAAAAAUAUAAUUUAAAUAAUAUGAAUAAUAGUUUUAUGAAGAAAAAUAAAAAAUUAAAAGUUUUUAGUAGCAUAAAUGAAAGAAAUGAUAAUUUUAGAAGUAAGAAUGAUUUAAAUAAUAUUUAUAUAGAUAAUGAUUUUUUUAACAAUAAUGAUAUAUUAGAAAAAAAUUCAGAUAGUAAAAGUAUAUUAAAUAAUUCAUCAAAUGUUAGCAAAAAAAAGAAAUUUUUUUUGAUUUUAUGUAAUGGAUGUUUAGUUGUUUUUUUAGGGGUUAGUAACAAUAUUUGUGGUAGAAUGAGAAAUAGAGUUCUCAAAAAUUUUGACAGUUUAACUGCUUCAUAUAAUGCUAUAGCAUAUGUAACGAUUUAUUUAAUUUUAUGCAUUAUUUAUAGUAAAUCAAAAUAUAUAAAAAAGAUUCAUUGGUGCUAUAUAUAUCCAUGUAUAAAUAAUUUUUUUAAAUCAAAAAAUAAAAACAAUAAAAAUGAAGAAGACUCAGGGAAUAAUUAUGCAAUUGAUACCAAAUCUAAAAACUCAGAAAAAAAAAAAAAAAAACUUUUGAAAUUUUAUUAUAUACACAAAAAAAAAAUAUAUGAACCAUUAUUGACGGAAGAUACAAAUGUCAUGAAUUUUAAUUGUAAUAAUUUAUCUAGUAAAAAUGAAAAUACUUUAGACAAAGAGAAGUGCAACUUAUAUAAUAGUUGCAGCAACUAUUCUUUGGAGAAUAAUCAGAAAGUAAAAAAAUUUUGUUUAAAUAAAAAUAGGAGUGAAAGUUUUUUGAUUAACAAUAACAAUAAGAAAGCAUCCCUAAAAACCUGCAGCAAUUAUGAUUAUAUUAAUGAAGAAAUCUCAGAUCAGGAAGUAAAUUCAUUUGAUGAACAAGAAUUAAAAGAAAUUAUAGGAAAUUAUAAAUUUUAUGAGAAAAAAAAUUUCUCCAACGAAAUCAAAAGUGUUUUUCAAAAAAAAAAAAUUCAAGGAAUAAAACAUAAUAAGAAUAAUGAUAAAUAUACAGAACACAAAAAGUUUACUACUAUAAAAAGUAGAUGGGAAAAUAUGGGAGCUUAUAAGUAUGUUAUUAUGAUAGCUUUACUUGAUAUUAUAUCCAAUACUCUAUAUUUUGUAUCACAGUUAGCUAUUCCUUUAACGAUACUGUUAUUGUUAAAUCAAUUAAAUUUUAUUUUCUCAAUUAUAUUAUCAUACUUAGUUUUAAAAAGGAAAUAUAAUAUCCAUCAUGUAAUUUCUGUUAUAAUUGUUUUAGUAGGCUUCCUUUUUUUUUAUGUACCAUUUAUAUAUAAAGAAACUAUAAGUACAUUAAAGCAAAAUGUUGUUAAUUAUUAUAUGAAUUUAACUUUUUAUAUAAAUUUAAAUUAUGUAUAUGAUUAUAAUUAUUUUAAUAAUUUUCAUCUUUGCAAUGAACCUGUGUGUGCAGCACCAUUUGGCUUAAUACUAUCUAUUAUUUUUUGCAUUUUAUCUAUUUUUUUAACUUCUUUUGGUGGAAUAUUGAGAGAAUUAUUUUUUUCUGAAUAUAUAAAAAAACGACAAAUGAUCAAGGAUUCCAUAAGAAAGGAGUGCAUGGAAAUAGAUAAUUCAUGUGAUAUAUCAGAUUUAGGGUCACAGAAAAAUUAUUAUGAUAUGAACAAUAAUAAACUUGCAUCAAUACAAAUCAAUGGAAAAAAGCAAAUUAAUAAAAAAAAAAUGGAAAAAAAUAAAAUAGAAAAUAGUUGCCUUGGCAAAGAAAAAGAAGCAAUUAAAAAUAUGUAUUUCUCAGAUACAGACAUAGAAGUAAACAAAAAAAAUGAAUAUAUCUCAAAUAAUAUUGAAAAUAUUUUUUUUAUAAAUGAAGAAAGCCAAGUUAAAUAUUCAAACAAAUUAAAUACAUUAAAUAGUGAUAAAAAAACAGGAAUUCUAUCAACAGAUAUAAAUGAUACAUGUAAUUAUUGUGAUGAUAACAUUUUCUAUAAAUUUCAUUCGUCAAAAUUUACAUAUAAUUCAAAAGAUAAAAAAACAGAAAAUAAUUUUCCUUAUAAAGAAAACCUAAAAGCAAAUAAAGGAUAUAAUAAUACAGAUAAUAAAAUAAGUGUUAUAUUAUUAUCAUUUAAUGUUUCUUUUAUUCAAAUUAUUUUGCUACCAUUAAUUAUAUAUUUUCAGUUGUUAUUUAAUAAAAAUCAAAAUGUGUCAUAUUUAUUAUAUAUAAAGGAUAGCCUCAAGUGUUUUUCAGGAUAUGUAACUGAAAAUAAUCAAAGUUGUAAAUAUGCAUUCGUUGUUUAUGCUCUUUAUAUAAUUAUAAAUUCAUUAUUUAAUAUAAGUGUCACUUCAUUUUACAGCAAUUACUCUUCUGCAGAAUGUUUUUUAAUUUUAAAAUCGUCUACUCCUAUUACUCUAUUAGUUUUAUAUUUUUUUAAUUUCCCAUUUAUCACAGAUAAUGAUAAAUAUUUUUCUAUUUAUUUUGUUAUUAGUAUAGUAGUUGUUUUUACCGGAGUAUGUUACUUUUUUUAUCAAACUAUAUUAUCAGAAAAAAAAAAAAUGCCUUAG